UUUUUCAAGAAGAACCCAAAAUUUACUAGUAAACGAGUGUUUCGGUUUCACUCUCAAAAUCCCGACGAUGUGUGUGCUGAAAGCUCGCGGCACCCUUCAAGAAACCUUCGACUAGUUGGAUAAUCGGUAAGAUUAUACGUUCAUUUGACAGAGCAAGGUUGAAAUAUGAAACGUAGGUCUUUAGAGGAUGUGAGUAAAUCCGACGCUGCUAAAGAUUCUAUUGAGGAUCCGUACAAUCGCGAUGCCGCUGCCGAUGGCUGGUACAUKUGCAGUUUGGGAUGUGACGGCGGUCAACAACAAGAAAUACAGACCAACAUUUCUCCCACCUCCACAUACGACGCACCUGGUGCAGACAUUUUCCUUAACCAGACGUCGCAAACAUUCAAUAAAGUGCGGAGGAGGCGAAGUAGAACGAAAAACAAAGAUCAGCACGAUAACGUUGGUGUUAGUAGCAGCAAACACACCGACUUGUCUUCUUUGAUUGCAUCCGAAUUGAGUAGAUUGAGCAUAGAAGAUAGAGAGAAAGCGCUUGAGGAAAUWCAUGGAGUGGUUGAAGUCAGCGAUGAAGAUCCCAUGGAAAUACAAAAUCUCCUGGACCAGGUCAAAGAGGAAUUGAAGCGAAUAAGAUACAAACAAGCGUACGAGAAGGCAGCCUUCCUUAGUAGCGCUUACGUUACUGAUCCGGAUUUUGUCAUAUAUUUUCUACGAACUGAUAACUAUAAUCCACGAAAGGCKGCGAUCCGAUUGGUAGAGCAUUUCAAAUAUAAAUUGGAACUUUUUGGGGAACACACACUCGUACGGGACAUCAUGUACGAYGAUUUGAGCGAAGUUGAAAAAAACAUUUUGAAUUCGGGCUUUGUGUAUUGUUUGCCCAAACCCGAUCGAGCCGGUCGCCAUGUCAUGAUUUGCAAUCUAAGCGAAUUUCUGAAGACCGGAACGYUGAUGGACAUGGUGCGUUCCCCUUUGUUGAAAUGUUUUCUCGACAAUGAAAAAACCCGUAACAUCUUCAAAUUUUCUGAGUUCGAUUGUUUUUUGUCUCACCAGUUUCAUCUUUUGUUUUGGUCUACAUUCUAUAGAAUCGAGCCGUAUGGUAUAUUUCGCUUAGAUAUAUUCAGAUGUUUCCCAGUCUGUCAAAACUUGGCGUCGUUGGUGUAUAUUUUGCGCAUGGGAUGUGCAAUGUCUUCGAGAACCUAUCUCGUGAACAUUUUGUCCCYAAGACUGCAUUUUUGGGAAAUGCAUUACCRUAYAAGUUCGCUAGCGUUCAUUUUUGCUUUGAAAAAAACAUACUGGCGUCGGCUUUGCAGACGACACUGAUGAUGAGUUUAGGAAAAUACGCUCGWAUACGAUUGAGAAGCCACUGUGGUAAGAAGUUUAGCUCGUUGGUCGCAAGCUGUCCAUGUUUCAAUGAGGUUUCGCGCCAUCAAUUUAUGAUGCACCAUGAAUGGUUUGUGGAAUGAUUUUUAUUUCUAACUCUCCUCAUCAUUCUAUUCUUUUCCUCUCGACUUAGGUUCCCGAAUGGAAUCUACGUACACACUGAAAAGUUUCGGCAUCGAUCUAGAGGAGUUUGAAAGUGAUGGCUUGAUGGGCCAUGCAGCGUCUGCGCAUAGCUUUUUGCAACAAUGCCAAAAAUUUGAUCAAUACUGUCAACAGAAACAAAACWCGAGGCUGCUUCCUAGACCAAACGAUGUACUCCUGGGUAGAGGUCGUCCCUUUCAGUUGUAUCCGGGAAAUCUUGCUCUAACAGCCAUUAUCGACCAAUACCGAGAUGAAUACACUACAUCGAAAAAAAUGCAUAAGAAGGCAAUAACAGCUAAAGUAGUUAACGACAUAUUGCGAUCCGGCGGUCGCUUCCUGAAGAAGGYAGAGAAUGGAAAAGGAGUGGAUUGGGAUAAAGUUGACUUUGAAACGGCGCGUUUAAAGGUAUCUCACAGUUUCCGAACGAUGUCCAAAUGGCAUGCUGACAACGAGGACGAGGAGAACGAAAAUCGAGGCGAUGGACAAAAGAAAGGAAGGGGCGAAGAUGAAUCUCUCGAAUCCAUUUCGCCCAUAAAUACUGACACAAUASAAUCUUUGGGAUUGAUAAUAAAACCCAUCUCUAGGAACGAAACAUUGUCUAAUAAGAGGAGAAAGGGGCAGAAUUAUUGACAGAGUUCAGURGCGACUGCUACAAACCGCUUUUCAAUUAUUCAGAAGUCGAAGUUGCGGUACCAAUUAUCAUAAAAAUAAUUAGAACGAUAGAACUCCUAAUGAGCAGGACAUUACCCUUGGAACAUGUUGGAACAGUUUGGAAUCAGAAAGAAGCUUCAUGUGAGCUACUUAAUUGACAUGGUGUAAUUGUCGUUCGCUAUCACCAUUCCUAUUUUUCAUCAUGGGAUUUUGAGAAAAUGUCAGGUAAUAUAUUCURAUUUUAUCAGCUCUGGUUUUUAGAGCAUUCGCUCCAUCUCUUGUUUUCGAAGAGCACUACUCGUAAAAGCWAUGCCCUUCGCUGCUUCGUAGCUCUUGCAGAUAUCCUUCUGUAACAUCUAACAGAUGAUGUGAUGGAGAUGACUCCGUCCAAUUGUUCUGAAGAAUUAAAUUGGAAAAAGUUCAGCAAUCUGCCAUUGAACUUGUUCGUCUCAAGAGUCGUUCCAGUUGCGAGUAGCAUUGUGUGCAACAAUUCGACCGUACGUAAAAAAAGUCGGAAACAAGCACCAAUCCAACAAUUCGAUWRAAACGAUUGCAARCAUUCGUUGCAAUCAUCAUUCUUAGGGAUGGAGCAAGKGGCCAUAAGUCUCUUAGUUUUUCUAUUUCGCGAGGAAUGCUGKAAUAAAAUCUCUCUACCAAUUCAAUGCWGCCGUCGAAUAACAUCGUACMGCUCGAUGCGAAGCCAAAACACUCAAACCAACGCGAAGGAUAGAGAAACCRAAUYAAGAAUAUAACAAGUAMACUAYUACGAGUUAUUCGUUAYGAUUACUUGAUUAUUGACGAUGUUUCAUGAACGCAAACGAACUUAGCAGAUAAGGUAMAUGACCGUUGCUCGACUUUUUGACAGUAGAACCCAAACCUAGCAUCAACAUUUCAUUGUCGAYCACACGACAAAAUGAGAUUUACUAGCUUACAUUCCUUUUUCUUUCCGCACAUUACUUUCGAAGCGUGGUCGGGUCGACUACCAAUCGAACGACGUUGUGGUCAUCGACUGCUGUUUUGAUUUUCGUCAAAUCUUUCUUGUAUUUUUCGACUGUCUUGCCGUUCACUGCGAUGACGCGAUCUCCAGGGUGCAGGUUGUGGGUCGGCGCAGGGUGUUUGACUUCUUUCAGAAAAAUGUAUUUUCCCUUGAUUUCGAACUUCAGGCCCGAAUCGACGUCCUUGAUUUUGGUUUCGCCGUCUUCUCCGUCUUUUGAAUACUCAACAUAUUUCUGCCCAGGAAGAGGAUCCAUGGGGUCAUAUACAUAUCCAGGGUCUCCGAAUUCUGGCAUGAUUAAAUCGUAUUCAAUGCU